GCUCUCAACACUUGCCUGCGCGAUUCUUCAUCUGCGGCCUUGCGCAUAUACAGUGCACAGUAUGAUGUUGCAUCAUCAAAAUGCAAUCACCCACCGAUCUCAACGAAUCGGACACGGACGACAGUUUCAUGAAACGUCUCAUCCUCCACAACAGAAGCAUAUCGGAAGAUAGCAUGCGGCCCCAGGCUUUCUCCAAGGCCCAAGUCCGGCCGCGCAAUAACCGCCUUACCCUCGCCAAUCUCGAGCGUUUACCAGUCCCAGAGCCGCCCCAAGUCACGACCAAGUCGGAUCUGGGCAGUAUCGACUCUCAAAGUAGUGGCGAAAAGCCGCGGAAUAGGCUUGAGGCCAUCCGGCAGCGCGAGCUCGACAUUGGCCGUGAAGACGACUCUGAUGCCAGCGAAGCCAACGUUCAAGAUUCCCCCUCACGACCUCCUACGGCUGCCCCCCCGCCUGUUCCCCCGCCAGAGUUGGAGCCACACGUUCGGGCAGCGCAUGGUGACGAGAGCAGCGAUAUAACUCGCAUAAGAAAAAUGGGUAAUCACCUUCGUAGCUUAAGCGCAAACAUCGAUGAUGUCAAAACGGGACUAGACAACAUUACCAAGUUAACCCGCACCGCUCAGAACGGAUCGGCGAUUGUUGGCUCUUCAACAGCUCAGUUGGGCGACGAUGAAGUCUUUCAGGCGGUCAAAAGAGCUAGCCUUGCUCGUUUAUGGGAAAUCCGCUGGUGGAUCCUUAUAAUGGCGGCGAUACCACUGUAUGCCAUGCUAGAGUGCGUCGCGUGCCUAAUAUGGUGUCGGCCAGUCAUUGCCGAUGGCAUGGACGGCUUUGGGAUCUACCCGGAUGCUCCUGAGCUGCCAUUUGUCAUUCCCACGAUGCUUUUAAGACCAUUUGCACCCAUUUGGAAGCCUUUGUUAUUAAUAAUCAAGCCGCUCAUCACGUGGAUAGCACAAUUGUGCACGUAUCUAAUUGGAGGAGGACAUAAGGACUAUGUAUUGCUUGUAUGAACGUAACGACUGCUUAUUUAGCGACGGCGCCGGUGGCAUGAUCAUACCCGAUGUACCUGUUUUGGCACGAGCACACUAUGCAACGUACGUAGGCUAUGUGAGCCUAUGAAUAAAUCACUCAUCGAAUCC